AUGACUCACAUAGGGUUGUUGGCAUGUUUUGGUGGCCUUCUCGCCAGUGCCACCGCACCGCACAUCACAUUGGCGCUUUCCCUUCGCUCUGGCACAGCGGCAUCUCAGCAAAGCAGCCUCCGCACAAAUCUAUUUGCGUCCGGCCAAGAUCUGCAGGGGACGACGACGGCGCCCACAGGUGCUGACAAAACUGAAGAAUGCCUGGACAUCAUAAACAAAUUAAGGGACGAAAAUCUCAAGGAUCUUUUGGGAACCCUCACCAAGGCAAAGGAAAAUGACGUGACUGCAAGCCUGAAGGAGAUCGGAAUCGAGGACCCAGCAGAACCUACUACGGCGAAGAUUGCAGAGAAGCUCGCGGGUAAUGAUGUCCAAAGCUGUGAAUCGGGGAAGAGCGCGAAUGCGAAGACGUAUCCCGGACUCGUAAUUCCAUUCGCGCACGACAGGGAUUUCGACUGCAAGGCUUUAAUCCAGGCGACUUACACAGCCGGACUUGACCACCUAAAACAAUUGAACUUCGAGCCCUCAACUGGAACAUAUAAUGCUGAAAAAGCUCCAUUUGAUAACAUAGACGCCAGCAAUGUGGCAUUUCUCCUAUCAGCUAAGAGCAAAACGGUCUCAUGUGCCGCCACAGAAAACUGCGAAGGUGGCCACGACGUUUUAUUCUGCUACUUCAUGGAGCCACUUCAAAAAGGACAAAAGCCUUUCACAACUGAGCUCUACAAUGCCCUCUGGGGAUUGGAAACAGGCACAGCGUCCAUCUCAGUUCCCAACGCCUUCACCGCUCUCUCGGUCCUCGCUUUGAUGAUUCGGACUUGA